CUGUCGUAGUGGUAGCAGCUGGGGUUCAACAUGUUUUCAGCACUCCGCUAGCAUACCAGAGACGUAAAUAUUCUCACAGGAUGUUUGUCGUUAUACUUCCUCACCGCCCCUCAAAGUCACGAACAGAGUCUUAAUACGACUGCAGGCUUCUCCCCAGCUCUAUGCCAUGGCAAGUGAAGUCCCCAAGGCAGGCAGUUCCAAUGGUUACCCAAUGAAGGCACAGCUGCAAAUUACUGUGAUAUCAGCAAAACUGAAAGAAAACAAGAAGAACUGGUUUGGUCCCAGUCCUUAUGUGGAAGUUACUGUUGAUGGCCAGUCCAAGAAAACCGAAAAAUGCAACAACACUCACAGUCCCAAAUGGAAGCAGCCACUCACGGUGAUUGUGACUCCCUUCAGCAAACUGGUGUUCCGAGUGUGGAGCCACCAAACCCUGAAGUCCGACAUCCUGCUUGGUAUGGCCAAGUUGGACAUUAGUGCCACACUCAAAUCUAACAACAUGAAAAUCUCUGAGGUGGUGCAGACCAUACAGCUGUGUACAGACCGAGACCAGACGGACGUAGUGGGAGACCUUUCUGUCUGCCUGGACGGAAUGACAGUUGACCCUGAAAUGUUUGCCAAGGCUGAAGUCGCCCACCAGAAUCUAUCAAAUGGAGAAUCCCGUUCUAAUGGAGAACAUACCCCAAGACACAGCCGAGAUAGUUCCCCUGCUUUGGACAGCAUAGACCACCGCUCAUCUCCCCGGGGUCGACGGUCAGGGACCACCUCGGGUUCUCCUCUGGUCUCGACAGGAAGCGUGCGGCCUUUGCGACCACCCAGACCCUCCAGACCUCCACCUCCAACCCCGUGCAGACCCACCUCUUCUCCAGCGUCCUCCAGCAAUAGCUCUACACCGGCAGAAAGCAGCAAUGGUCCGUCGGGUUCAGAGACACCUGUGCGUGCUGCUGUCCCAGAGCCCUCAGCAACCCCAGACUGCAGUCCUUCGAUAAAUUCGAACAGGAACACUCCAACUGUAGCAUCUACCUCUGGACCCCCAGCAACAAGACAGCCAAUGAGCACCAUUGGCACUGGUGCCUCAUCCAGAGUCCCUGCAGCCAACUCUGGACCUUUGCCUCCUGGGUGGGAGCAGAGGAUAGAUCAACACGGCAGGUUGUAUUUUGUUGACCAUGUAGAAAAGAAAACAACAUGGGAGCGCCCUGAUCCCUUACCCCCAGGCUGGGAACGUCGUGUUGAUCAGAUGGGCCGCGUUUACUUUGUCGACCACAUUACACGGACCACCACGUGGCAGCGUCCCACAGUGGAGACUGUGCGCAGUUAUGAACAGUGGCAGCACCAGCGCAGCCAGCUGCAAGGAGCCAUGCAACAGUUCAACCAGAGGUUUAUAAUUGGGGGACAGGACCAAGGGACAGCCUCCCAAAAUAAGGAGUAUGAUCCUCUUGGACCUCUGCCAAAUGGAUGGGAGAAGAGAACCGACAGCAAUGGAAGAGUGUAUUUUGUGCAUCAUCCUACACGGUCAACUCAGUGGGAAGACCCACGGUCACAAGGGUUGUUGAAUGACAAGCCACUUCCAGAAGGAUGGGAGAUGAGGUUUACGGUCGAUGGCAUUCCCUAUUUUGUAGACCACAACAGGAGAACUACCACCUACAUUGACCCCCGCACCGGAAAAUCCUCACUUGAAAAUGGACCUCAGAUCACCUACGUCAGAGACUUCAAAGCCAAAGUACAAUACUUCAGAUUUUGGUGCCAGCAAUUGGCCAUGCCUCAACACAUCAAGAUCAAUGUGUCACGGAAAACUCUGUUUGAGGACUCCUUCCAGCAGAUAAUGAGCUUCAACGCUCAGGAUUUGCGAAGAAGACUUUGGAUUAUCUUCCCUGGAGAAGAAGGCCUGGACUACGGAGGUGUUGCCAGGGAAUGGUUUUUCCUGUUGUCCCAUGAAGUAUUGAACCCCAUGUACUGCCUUUUUGAAUAUGCUGGAAAAGAAAACUACGGUCUUCAGAUCAACCCCGCCUCUUCCAUAAAUCCUGACCACCUUAAGUAUUUCAAGUUCAUUGGCCGCUUCAUUGCCAUGGCACUUUUCCACAGCAAAUUCAUAGACACGGGUUUCUCACUGCCGUUUUACAAGCGUAUCUUGAACAAACCUUUGGCCCUCAAAGACCUCGAGUCAGUCGACCCAGAGUUCUACAACUCCCUCAUUUGGAUCAAGGACAACGACAUCGAAGAGUGCGGCCUGGAAAUGUUCUUUUGUGUUGACAAGGAAAUCCUAGGGGAAAUCACCACGCAUGACCUGAAACCUGAGGGAGGGGAGAUCCAAGUAACAGAGGAGAACAAGGAGGAGUACAUCAGGCUGGUAGCAGAGUGGAGGCUGUCUCGAGGAGUGGAAGAGCAGACCCAGGCAUUUUUUGAAGGCUUCAACGAGGUCCUCCCACAGCAGUACCUGCAGUAUUUUGAUGCAAAAGAGCUGGAAGUGAUGCUUUGUGGCAUGCAGGAGAUUGACCUUGCAGACUGGCAAAGAAAUACCAUCUACAGACACUAUGCCCGUGGCAGCAAGCAGAUCAUGUGGUUCUGGCAGUUCAUAAAAGAGAUGGACAAUGAGAAGAGGAUGAGGCUGCUUCAGUUUGUCACUGGUACCUGUCGUCUUCCUGUCGGAGGAUUUGCCGACCUCAUGGGAAGCAACGGUCCCCAGAAAUUCUGUAUUGAGAAGGUGGGAAAGGAAAACUGGCUUCCCAGAAGUCACACAUGUUUCAACAGAUUGGACUUGCCACCUUAUAAGAGCUAUGAACAGCUGAAGGAGAAGAUGAUGUUUGCCAUUGAGGAAACAGAAGGCUUUGGACAAGAGUGAUGUUUUGAAUCAACUGUGGCGCCAAAGCGCCAGGUACUGGGAUCAAGACUGCCGGAUUGAUGUUGGGGAGCCCUCCCUUCAUAUUGGCCAGCAGGGGUCCAUGCCCAGUGCAUGCAUAUUUAUUGCCUCCACCUCCAAAGGAAAGAAAGCUUUUAAUUGAUAGUCUCUUGUAACCAAAACUACCCAGAUUGAUCCUGCACUUUCGAAUGAGCGUCAUAUUACGCACUGGUAGUGUUUUCCACCCCAUCUUCUGACCAUUUUAAAGUCAGCAAGCAACUGGGAAGCAGCAUUAGUCUCUUGUCUAGUUGCUUAUUAGUGAAACUAGCCAUUGCUAUCUUGCUAGGUUUCUGGGUUAGCAAAAUUAAGCAGAUUGUAUCGCUCUUAAUCAACCUCUACCAUAAUGAUUGUCGCUUUCCUCACCUGCAUCUCUCCCGCUAACAAGACUUUAUUAGUAUUGGCUGAUGCCUUUCAGAAGAAAGACAAAACAUCAGCAGGAUGUCAAGCAAAUUAUGGUGCUUAUCACACUCGUUUCUGAGACAAGCCGUGAGAAGCAGCCCAGAAUGGCUCCAUGAUUGUGACUAUAGUUAGCAGUACUUUUCAUGUUAAAGGCUUACUGCAAUGGCAGCAUUGAAAAAGAGUCCUAGUUUUAUAGGACCAUUGUUUCGGCUGGUAUUGUGUGGCUGGGGAAAAAUGUCUUCACUAAUAUCAAUUUGUCAUGAUUUCCGGUAUUGUGUUUUGGGAAAUGGAUGACAGAACACACACACACACACACAACAGUGCAUCCUUUAGGGAAUUGCAAGUAUUGUGAAAUGGAAAAACAACAAAAUGAAAGUCAAGCCAAACUGAUUUCUUUUGAUGUGUUUUUAUCACUUAAAUACUUCCUGCUUUAAAAUAGGCUGCAUAGAUAGGUGAAAAAUAAUGUGAUAUUUUUAAAACCCUCCCUAUUCAAAAGCUCUGAGAGAUUAAUUAGUUAAUAUUGUUGAGGUUUUUCACUUUAUUUUUGUAAACUUUACAGCAACAACAAGAAAUUAGUGCGAAAUAAUAAGCAGUGUCCAUGUCUUCAUUUUUAGAAGAUGUACUCUUCAUUAGACACCAAAUAAGUGUUGUUUGUGAAUCGAAAAGUAUACAAUUCUAACAAUGUUCUUGAAAAUGUGUUUACUACACACAAUGAGCGACAAUAGAAUAGGCACAAAAAUAUCAUGUUUGGGGUCAGUUAUUUAUUUCUACUAAGCAAAUCGAUGCAGUAAAUAUACUGUAGUCUACAAAUCCUCUUUCAAAUACCAUGAAUUUGUGAUGUAAAACAUGACACCAAGAUGUAAAUCCACCAUUAACUUGACCUUUAACCGUGAUGGACGGUGAUUUUCAAUCUUCUAAUUUUGGAUGUGGCUGAAUGAACCACCCACAGUCAAAUGUAUGUUAACUGAAACUCAGCACACCCUGAGUUGUACAGGUAGCAUUAUUGGUUUUGAAAAGAUUGAUUUUGGUGUCAUUUUUUAAUCCCAAUACCUGGCAUUUAAAAAAAAUAAAAUUACAAAUCAUAGUACACCCCUCUGCUUAUUUUACUUGCAGGUGUUAAGAUUCCUGCAUGUAAAAUUCAAUCUGCUGUAAAUAAAUAUUUUUUUUGUAACAUAAGAGGUUUUCUAAUGCAAUAUGUGGGUGGAAACACAAUAAACUGGUCACCUUAAUUAAAUUUAAAAUAUUAAAACAAA